AUGGGCUGGGAUGAUUUUCUCGACGACACAUACGGACGUCACUACUGGGACGUGCCGCUCAGCUACAUGACACCUACGCUGAUGAAGGGAACUUGCGCAAUAACCACAGUAUAUGAUGCAUCCGCUGCUCUGACCAAAGUUUCUCUCUUGACCCUGUUCCUUCGCAUCUUUGCGCCAUCGCGGAGGAGCAGGAUCAUGAUUUGGGUCGGCAUCGGCUUCACAGUCGUAUCCUACGCCACGUUACUCGCAGUAUGGAUAUUUUACAGCGUCCCCCGCUCGGGGGAUAAAGGCUGGACAGAUCCAGGAUAUUUCAUGAGGGUUGCUCAUGACACGCCAAUAAUCAGUGUUGUACUUGGCGUGUUGGGAAUUGUAACAGACUUUUACGUCAUUGCGAUACCCUUAACGGCGAUAUCCAGCCUCAACCUAUCCACCAAGAAAAAGCUUGGUGUCUCGGCCCUCUUUAUAACCGGUCUACUAGCUUGCGCCUUUAGUGUUGCUGGGUUGUCUCCACGAAUUGAAAACAUACGACUGAGCGUCAGUGGUGUUCCUGAUCCGUUUUGGAUUUCAAUGCCAUCAUACGGCUUAGCUGUUGCCGAAAUAAACCUCGGCAUCGUCUGUGCUUGCGUUCCUGUCAUUGUCCCCUUGAUGAAGGCUUUGCUCGCUAAGCUGUCGCACACAACUUCCAUUUGGCAGCGCUACUGGAAGAAAACAGCAGACGACUCGACGGACAUGAAUAACCUGGAGGCUGGCAAAAGAAGCCCAGCGCAGAAUCCGAACUAUUGUGGGAGACGGUUGCUGUCCUUCAACCGUGGCUCGCAGAAGCCACGAGGAACGCCGUCAACCGGGACCAUAACCGUAACGCAGGCAACUGAAAUUCACAUGGUGCCGUACUCAGAGCUGCGCUCCAUCGACAUGGACUACCAUACCUAUCUGUGCAGUGGGAAAAAUGCUUCACACGCCGCAAGCGCUGAAAGGGGACGAGCAGGGUAG